UGCUGACCAGUGUGAUAUAACAGGGCUUUGUCCUACUUAUCAAACUGUGUCAGUCCGACGACUGACCAGAGGAGAGACAGAGAGUGAGUGCGACAUCCAGAGCUCUCAGGUAACACUACUCUCCAUAGUAUCAGUGUGUGUGUGUGUGUGUGUGUGUGUGUGAGCUCCACACGAUGGCUAAAGUUCUCUGACAACAUGAAGGACCAGUACGACUCAGCAGCAGUGACCCAGUAUGACGGAGAACCUGGGGCUCCACGUUAGGUCCUCUGGUCCCUCAAGACUAUUCAUGCACCAAGAGCCAACUCUGCUGCCCCCGUCUUUCCACCUCCUUCCAGACCACCCUGCCCUCUCUGCUCUAGGCGAUCAUGUCCCUCAAUGGUUCACUUCCUAACAACGGUAAUCACGCACACAUGGACGUCCCGGUGGCCCCGUCGUACAGGAUGAUAAACACAACACAGACCAACAAUCACAGAAAAGGCAAUGAAGUCCAAGCUGAAGCCCGCUCAGGUCAUUCGACCCCCGUCAAGUCUCUGAGAACUCACAAUGAGCUGCACAAGGAACUGCUACUGACCCACAAGAAGGGUCUGGCACUGAGCAGCAGAUCAGAACUUCAGCAGGUGCUGGAGAGGAGGAAGAGGGUGCAGAGUGACCAGGUGGACGAGGGACAGAGCAGGACUCCUCUGGAGGACGUGCUGCUGAGACGUCAGCAGAAACAACUGGAGAAGGAGAAGAAACACGGAGAAAAAGAACAAGAGGAAGCUCAACUGAUGGAGUUUGUCAGAGUGAGACAGAACCUCAGAAAGAUCCACUCGGUGAUCCAGAACAAGGCCGGGAACUUCUAGAAUGCUACAGAGGAAUGCAGUGCACCUUAAAUGCAUCACGAACUCUGGUUGAAUUUGACAUCCUCUGGUUCUACCCUGCAAAAGUAACAAUGUAUGAUUAAUGACUGUAUAAUGCAUGAUUUGUAAAACAUGAAGAUACACAAUCGGCAUGCUGAUGGAGACAGUUUGCUUUUAUAUCUGUUCAAAGAAGCUGCAGCUCUGGGCGUCACAACAUUCACUUUGUUUACACCGCCAUGUUGGCAGGAAAAGGUUCUUUCAAGAUGUCAGAGUUCACUGUGCUCUUUACGGCUCUGGAGGGGAUUUUCAUGGAAACUUAACAUACUCCAGAGAAUGGUUAAAUAAAAUAAUAAAAUAAUAAAAGCAUGUAAAAUAAAUGAGACAUUAAAGCUAGUAAGUGUUGGAUUUGAGCGCGUUUUAUGGCAGUGAUCCACCUCUGCUCUCUCUCGGGAUCUUUGUGGAUCCAGUACCUUUGCUUUUCCCUCACUGUAUUUGGUAGAACGGGCGGUUUCCUGCCAAAAUGGUGUUGUGUUGGCGGGAUGUAGAUAGCGUGACAUCAGCGACCGGCGCUCAACAGCAGGUUGUGGAAACCAACAUGGUCUUGGACUUGUAAUUAUUAUCAAGCUUUUAUUGUGUUUUCUAUUAAAAUGCUACA